AUGCGCGAGUUAUUGCUCAACAUCAUUCACAACACGGUGAAGGAAAUCAUCAAAAUAUCGCCAACGAGCAGCGAUCUCAUUUUCCGCAGCUUCUCCAUCAAUCUCCCCUUCAUCACAGAAGAAACCUACUUGCACAAACAUGCCUUCAAAAAUCUUCUUCGUCUCUUCGGCUACGCUCCAUCCCUCCGAGAACGCGGCUUCCUCAUCAUCGUGGAGUGGCUCAUCAACGUGGACGUCGAGAUCCAAGUGGACGACGUGGACGACAAAUCCGACGCGAAGUCAAAGCAGGUUUUUUCUCCUCGAUCGAGUGACAGACAGAACUCGCUGUCCUACAAAAUGGACGAGAUCAUGAUGAUCCUUUUCGAAUACCUCAAAGAGCAAAUGGAAUCCAUCGAGAACCGAAAGGUGCUUUUCCGAAUCCUCCAAAAAGCCUUCGAGAAGUUCAUCAUGCUCACGCACCGCAGCAAAUACACGCAGUUCCUCAUCUUCUACGUGUGCUCCUACGACCCCUCCUUCGUCGAGCGCUUCGUCGGCCGCCUGGUGGACUGGUACUGCUCGGAAGAAUCGCCCGUCCUCACGCGCCAAACCUGCUGCGUCUACUGCGCCUCGUUUAUCUGCCGAGCCAACUUCAUCAGCAUCGAUAUCAUCCGCAGCGUUCUGUAUUUCUCCCUCACAUGGAUCAACAAAUACAUCGACAUGUACGACGUGCAAGAAAACCCGCUCAAUCCGGGCGACACUGGCCAUCUCGUGUUCUACUCGGUGAUGCAGGCGGUCUGCUACAUCCUCUGCUUCACCAGCAAGCGCUUCGAGCAGGAAAAGAACGGCGUGCAGUUUCUGCGCAGCUGGGACUGGACGCGAAUCCUCAACAGUCCGCUCGAUCCGCUCCGCGUUGGCUCUGUCGAGUCGCCUGACCGCUAG